AAGAAAACAAAAAAAAAAAGAGAGAAAACCCAAAAAUCCCAUUUUUCCCGUUCUCUGUUCAGUGUUUUCAUACAUUACGGUGGAUCUGAAACCAAUCCUUACGUCCCUCCUUCUUCUCUGUGUGCUUUUCUGCGUGUGAAAUUGAGAGAGAGAGAGAGAGCGAUAGUAAUAGAGACAAAUAUUCAGCAAUGGGAAGAGGAGGAGGUGGUGGUGGAUCUAUGGAAUUCGUGCAAAAACAAGUGAUCCCAUUGGCCAUCAAUCUCUUUUUGCUUUGCAUCCACAAUGCUUACUGCUUUUACCUUCCUGGGGUCGCCCCUGAAGACUUCCAUACGGGUGCUAAUUUGAGUGUGAAAGUGAACAAGCUGACUUCAACAAAGACUCAGCUUCCAUAUUCGUAUUAUUCUCUUCCUUUUUGUCAUCCAGAAAGCAUAGUCGAUAGCAGAGAAAAUCUUGGGGAAGUGCUUCGUGGUGACCGUAUUGAGAACUCGCCAUACGUGUUUAAAAUGAGGGAACCAGAACUUUGCCAUGUUGUUUGUCGACUUAUUCUUGAUGCGAACACAGCGAAAGAGUUCAAGGAAAAGAUUGAUGACGAGUAUCGUGUCAACAUGAUCCUUGAUAAUCUUCCUUUGGUUGUUCCCAUUCAGAGGGUGGAACAACAAGCUCCUCCUGUAUAUCAGCUUGGUUUUUAUAUGGGGUUUAAGGGUCUAUAUGCUGGUACCAAGGAAGAAAAAUCUUUUUUAAACAACCACUUAUCAUUUACAGUUAAGUAUCAUAAAGAUUUGCAGACUGACUCAGCUAGGAUUGUUGGUUUUGAAGUUAAUCCAUAUAGUGUCAAGCAUGAAUAUGAUGGAAAAUGGGGUGGCAAUAAUCGUUUGACCACCUGUGAUGCACAUGCAAAGAGAACUGUUUCCAACUCAAAUGCUCCACAAGAGGUUGAAGAUAAACAGGAAGUCAUAUUUACAUAUGAUGUCAAUUUUGAGGAAAGUGAUGUCAAGUGGGCCUCAAGAUGGGAUACAUAUCUGCUGAUGAAUGAUGAUCAAAUCCAUUGGUUCUCGAUUGUAAAUUCUUUAAUGAUUGUCCUAUUCCUUUCUGGCAUGGUUGCAAUGAUAAUGCUGCGGACUCUUUACCGUGACAUCUCCAAGUAUAAUGAACUUGAGACCCAGGAAGAGGCCCAGGAAGAAACAGGCUGGAAACUAGUUCAUGCGGAUGUUUUCAGGCCCCCAGAGAAGUCAGAUUUACUUUGUGUUUAUGUGGGUACUGGUGUGCAGUUUUUUGGGAUGGUCCUCGUCACAAUGAUGUUUGCUGUCCUAGGGUUCCUUUCUCCUUCAAAUCGUGGUGGGCUUAUGACAGCCAUGCUAUUCGUUUGGGCUUUCAUGGGUCUUUUCGCUGGUUAUGCCUCUACCCGUUUAUUCAAGAUGUUUAAGGGAGCUGAGUGGAAGAAAAUUGCACUGAGGACUUCAUUCCUGUUCCCGGCCACUGUCUUUGGGAUCUUCUUUGUCUUAAAUGCACUAAUUUGGGGGCAGAAAUCAUCUGGGGCUGUGCCGUUUGGAACGAUGUUUGCUUUGGUGUUUCUGUGGUUUGGCAUCUCAGUUCCACUUGUCUUUGUGGGCAGUUAUGUUGGAUUCAAGAAGCCAGCAAUUGAGGAUCCUGUGAAGACAAAUAAAAUACCCAGGCAGAUACCAGAGCAAGCAUGGUACAUGAACCCUAUUUUCUCCACUUUGAUUGGGGGCAUACUCCCAUUUGGAGCUGUUUUCAUCGAGCUCUUCUUCAUUCUGACCUCAAUCUGGCUGAAUCAGUUCUACUACAUAUUUGGAUUCCUGUUCAUCGUGUUCAUCAUUCUGAUUGUCACUUGUGCUGAAAUAACCGUGGUCCUUUGCUAUUUCCAACUAUGUAGUGAAGAUUACUUGUGGUGGUGGAGAUCUUAUCUGACAUCUGGCUCCUCGGCGCUGUACCUCUUUCUCUACGCCACUUUCUAUUUCUUCACUAAGCUUGACAUCAGUAAGCCUGUCUCAGGGAUGUUGUAUUUCGGGUACAUGCUUAUCGCUUCAUAUGCAUUCUUUGUGCUUACAGGCACCAUUGGCUUCUAUGCAUGCUUCUGGUUCACAAGGCUUAUUUACUCUUCUGUGAAGAUUGAUUAAUGAAUAUGAAAAUUUUCAGAAGUUAGAGAGUUUCUGGUUGAGUAAGCAAAAAAUGUACCAUUACUUUAAAGAUAUAAAGAGAAUUAUUCUUCUAGCCUUUUAGAGGUUACAUUAUGUCAUACUUUUGUAAGUGACAGAAGCAUUUUAUUGUUGCAUUCUUUCUUCAA